CUUCUCUUGUGUGGGGGGGGAGAGAGAGAGAAAGAGAGAGAGAGAGAAGGAGGGAGGGAGAGAGGGAGAGCGAGGGAGGGAGAUAAAGAACAAAUAGGCGAACAACAAAAGGUACUUGUAGUUUUGGACAGCUGAAGUUCACAGAGUAAACGGGAUCCCCUCGCGUGGCCCCGCACUCAAGUUUGUCACCGUUUUCUACAAAGUAAUCCGCUGUAGUGUUUUUACGCACGGGGAAGGACGCGCAAUUAUCUCCUGCACGGCUUGGACCGUCAAGAUCACGUACAUGAAUUCAGAUUCCUCUAAGCAGUGAUCGCUGGAAGCUGGGGAUUGAGUCUUUCAGUUUGUAACCCCGCUUGCUGACAUGGAGGGCUUUCUUCGUAGCAGCUUUUUACUGAGCAGAGUCAUGUCUUCCAAGCAAGCCACGUCUCCUUUUGCAUCUGUGGUCGAUGGGGACGAUGCCAUGAGCAAGGAACACUUGUCUUGGGAGAAAGAGGACAGCACAGAGGCUCACGGCACGCCGCAGCUUCCGCUGCACAGCCUGCUGCACAGCAAAACCCACCCAGAUGAAAUGCAGCCGCUCAGCAGCGUACCGCCGGAGAGCGACUGGGAAAGCCUGGUGUUGGCCCAACAACGCAUGGAAUCUGACAGCAAUAAAGUAUGUUCUCUGUAUUCCUUCCGGAACAAUUCCACUUCUCCACACAAGCCUGAGGAGGGGGCCCGGGAGCGAAGUGACCUGCUGAGCGGAUCUGCAUUUGGAACUCCUGAGCGUCGCAAAGGAAGCCUGGCGGAUGUGGUGGACACGCUGAAGCAGAAGAAGCUCGAGGAGAUGACAAAGACAGAGCAAGACGAAUCCUCAUGUAUGGAGAAACUGCUUUCUAAAGACUGGAAGGAGAAGAUGGAGAGGCUCAACACAAGUGAUCUUCUGGCAGAAGUAAAAGGAACUCCAGAGAGCCUGGCAGAGAAGGAACACCAGCUCUCCACAAUGAUUACCCAGCUCAUCAGCCUCCGAGAACAGCUUCUCACUGCCCACGAUGAACAGAAGAAGCUUGCUGUGUCGCAGAUGGAGAAGCAGAGGCAGCAAAUGGAGCUAGCCCGUCAACAGCAGGAGCAGAUUGCAAGACAACAGCAACAGCUUCUACAGCAGCAGCACAAAAUCAACCUUCUGCAGCAGCAGAUUCAGCAGGUCCAGGGUCACAUGCCUCCGCUUAUGAUCCCUAUUUUUCCACACGACCAACGCACUCUGGCAGCAGCAGCCGCAGCCCAGCAAGGCUUUCUCUUCCCUCCAGGAAUGUCUUAUAAGCCAGGUGAUAACUACCCGGUGCAGUUCAUUCCAUCCACAAUGGCAGCUGCAGCAGCGUCAGGACUCAACCCCCUCCAGCUUCAGCAACUGUAUGCCGCCCAGCUUGCCAGCAUGCAGGUCUCUCCUGGAGCCAAGAUGCCUCAGCUUCCCCAACCCCUCAGUGCUAGUGGGCCCAUCUCUCCCUCCUCUUUGAAGAAUGACAAGAGUUCCUCCAGCCCCAUCACUCAAGUCAAGGAGGAAGGAACGCAGCCUCUCAACCUGUCUGCUCGGCCAAAGACAACAGAACUGGUCAAAUCCCCCACAUCUCCAACACAAAACCUGUUCCCUGGCAGUAAAAGCAGCCCCAACAGCCUCAUUGGCAAGGGUGGUAUCCCCAGUCCACUUGGAGGAGGCCUGGGGCGUGGAUCCUCUCUGGAUAUCCUGUCCAGCCUAAACUCUACAGCGUUGUUCGGAGACCAGGAUACGGUGAUGAAGGCCAUUCAGGAGGCUCGGAAAAUGAGGGAGCAGAUCCAGCGGGAACAGCUGCAGCAUCACCAGCAGGGCAUGGAGGCAAAGCUGUCCGCUUUGAGCUCAGUGGGCUUCAACAACUGCAGAGUGGACAAGGAGAGGGCGCAUUUCGAGAGCAUCGGGCACCAACUGGGCAAACUGGGUGAGGAAGCAAAAAUCGGCCACAGAGUUAUCGAUCUCACCAGGCCGGAGGAUCUCGACGGGUCCAAAGAAGUCAAUGGCUCUGCAGAUAAACCACAACCAUAUUAUUGUUGGCCAACAGGGGGUGCCAGCUCGACUGAGGCUCGGGUCUUCAGGGAAUCCAGAGGGAGGAACAGCAACGAACCGCACAUUAAAAGGCCCAUGAAUGCUUUCAUGGUGUGGGCCAAGGAUGAGCGGCGAAAGAUCCUCCAGGCCUUCCCUGACAUGCACAAUUCCAAUAUAAGCAAGAUCUUGGGUUCACGGUGGAAGUCCAUGUCGAACCAGGACAAGCAGCCCUACUAUGAGGAGCAGGCCCGUCUCAGUAAGCUUCACCUAGAGAAGUACCCAAACUACAAGUACAAGCCGCGGCCUAAAAGGACCUGCAUUAUCGACGGGAAAAAACUCCGUAUUGGAGAGUACAAGCAGAUGAUGCGCUCCCGGAGACAAGAAAUGAGGCAGUUCUUCACUGUUGGCCAGCCUCCACAGAUUCCUAUCACCACCAGCGCCAGUAUGGUCUAUCCUGGCACCAUCACAAUGGCGACCACGACACCCUCACCUCAGAUGACGUCGGAGUGCUCAAGUGCCUCGGCGAGUCCUGAGCCAUCGAUUCCUGUCAUCCAGAGCACCUUCAACAUGAAGCUGGAGCCCAGCACCAUGGCCAACAACAGUGAGCCGGUCAAUGGCGAGGACGAGAUGGACAUGUACGAAGAUUUUGAGGAUGAUCCCAAAUCAGACUAUAGUAGUGAGAAUGAAACACAAGAGCCAGUCAGCGCCAACUGAAGCCUGUGUGAACGAGGCAAAAAAUACUGUAGACACAACAUUUAUACAGGAGGACACUCAGAGGGCUGGUCUGAUCUGAGGGAGGGAAAGAAAAUAAGAAAUCUUGACCACAAACCUAUAAAAAGGUAUGAAAAUGGGACAGAAAUAAUAUAAUAUCAUUCAGGAGCCAGCAUGCUGACGGGGCUUCAUCUGAAUCAAAACAAACUAUUUGGUCUUAAGUGUUUCUUUGAGUGUGUGAAGCAGUUUGGAUGUGGUAAUUUUAUUAUUAUUAUUUCUAAUAUUAUCUCACUCUUUGUUUGCAUUGUGAUCAUGGACAUUUUACAACUACAUUAUUGCCAACAGAACAAAAGAUGUAACUUGAAAUUGAACAUAUGAUAUGGAUCUAUAAUUCAUUUAUCUUUGUUUUUUUUUUUCUCCUUAAUUCGAUGAUUUUGAUAUUCUACAUAACUGUUCUAGAUGGGAAUAAUAUUCUCACUCAGGUAUAGUGUGCCAGCCAACAGCUUGUGAAUGUUUUUUUUUUUUUAACAAAGACUAAAAUAUGACCAUUAGUAAACAAGUAUCUCAAAGUUAAUAUGGAUUGAUUCCAACUAUUAUCCCGUUAUUAUGAUUAUUAUUGUGUUGUUAUUAUUGUUAUUACGCAAAUUGUAUAGUGUAGUUGCAGAAGUGCCAAUCAUUUUUAAGUUGUUCCUAAAAUCGUUAAAGUCUUCUGGGAGAGGCUUCGUGAGUCUUAGACAAUCUCUUGAUCUCUUAAUGCAGCUUCAUUAUCCAGUCUUUCUUUAAUUCACCCUAACAGAAUAAACAAAUGAAUCUCAGGAACUUGGAGGCAGCCAGCUCUGCAGGGGGGAGGCGGGGGUUAGGUGGCAUCUUUGGGCGGGAGAUUGUGAUGUCAGCUGUUUUCCAGAGAAUUCAGUGUGGUGAUCCUCAGCGAAACAGGUCAAGCCCGUCCAGUUGUCCGUCCUGGUGCAAACAGCGCUGCGUGGCGUUUAUGAUAGUAUACCCCAGUCCCUCACUCAACACGUUUUUAAUCAGAGUGAUUGUAAUCAGGCCAGCAUGCUAAAGGGCCAAAGGCCUCCAAUCUGCAGAAUUGGAACAGCAGUGAAAGGCAGAUUUGGGGGCAUUACAAUCCCAAAUUGAUGUUGUACAAUGUGUAGCUUCACUACAUUCUAUUAAACACUUGAGCCCCAUUUGGACAGCAAGUUUAAAGUCUUAGGUCUUAAAACUUCAUUUUUUCCCCCUCUCUUAAUUCUUUUUAGACAUUGUAAAUCUUAAAGUGACACUAAGAAGUCUUAGAGCAGGCCCUGCUCAUCGCGGCAACGCACUAAAUUGAUUCCUAAAGCAGUCUUAAGAUAUGUGGCUUUUUUUUUCCAAACUGACAAAAGGUUUGUUUUGUGAUAUGAUUUGUCGAUACACCUGAAAAAGACCAGCUUUCAGUGACUUUUGUGGUAGUGCGCUAUGAUCAAGAUGUAGUCUUUCUUGUCUUUGUACCUUUGGGCCUUUUUUUCCAGGGGUUUUAUUGUCUAAAGCACUUAGAGGUCAUGUGACACAGCGAACUCAGAUCUGGUCAUCAGGUACCUUAUUAAAAUUUCUUGUUAAAAAUAUCUCAUAGACACUGAUGCGUCCUAAAACAACUCCAGUUUUAUGUCUACAGGAAAUAGUCAGUUAUUUUUGUGCAUGUUGUUUGAAAUAGAAGGGAGCUGCUAUUAGCCGCACCCCCUUCCCUUCAGUAAAAAUUUGUGGGCGUGUCACACAGAUUGUACAAUGGCUCACUGAACAUGUCACACAAAGUAGAAGCCCAAAUAUGGACCUCUGUGACAUAUGUUACAGAAGUCAAACAAGCUUUUUAAGGUCUAAAUUUUGCUUAUAUAAGUAAUAGAAGAAUUUCUCCAUGCACAGUCCGAAUUCUGGGAAUUUGAGGAUAUUUAUCAUGAAACUUUAACUGCUGAAAGGUGGAAAAAGCUUGCACAGUAUGACCCCUUUAAAAGAGAAAAUGUGCACUUCUCAUAAACUGCAGGCACAAUAUAAAAAAAAAAUUAAGUAAAUUUCACCUAAAGUGAUGACUUUGUGCAGGAGGCUGCAGACACAUAAGACUCCCGUAAACUGUUGAUUCUGUUUAUGGGACAGAAGGUCUAAAUGGCUCUGCUCCCUGCUAUUCACUGCUCUGACCCCUGCCCAUAGCGACCUCUGCACCCAGAGGGAGCCAUCUGGCUCAGAGAAUGUGAAAACACAAGGGAGGGAUGGUAAACAAUAAAAAUGAGGUGCGAGUUCCUUGCAGUGUUCUCCAUCAAAGUGCUUGAAGUAAGGCCUCAACAGGGCUCCCUCCUCGGCCCAAUCACCAGACACUGGUGAGCAGAUGGAACAAGUACAUCAAGCUGUGGGGGAUUAUUAAAAUGACUGACGACUGGGUAUCAUCUGAAAUACAGCAUUAUUAAUGCAUGACUCCAGCGAUUCCCCCUCCCGUGCCCUUGAACCUGUUUGAAUCAGGAGAAGUGCAGAUUGCGCACGGCUGGAACUGGUCAACAUCUCGCUGUUGCUCACUUUUCCAUUUUUCUCAGCGCUCUAACUGGUAGAGAUGAAUCUUUAUAUCAUGUAUUCGCUCUGCUGAUGAAUAUCAAUUUGAUGCUGGCAUUUGUAAACACAUUAAUUGUUAUAGGUUUCUUAUGCACCUCAUUAAUUAUUCCUAUUUUACAUUUUCCAUCACCCAUUUCUUGUUUUGAGGUACAACACGUUUAGAGAACGCUGUCCAAGACACAAAACCACAUGGAUUUCCCUCCAGCUCAACCUGUUUGGCAUUUUAAUGCUGUUACUCCUGUUUGGUGAUGACAGAGCGAUUUGUACGUGAUUGUAAAUAUUUUCACGACCACACCACAUCGAUUCAGUGGGCGGUUUAAAAAAAAAAGAAAAAAAAAAGAAUCUUCGUGGAACUGAAACUUGACUGUGCUUAUGUCGUUUAAAAGAGAGAGAGAAAGAAAACUACAAACAAGAACUCAUAUGGAGACAAUGUUCUGUAAGUGUUACAAACACUGGAUAUACUCGUAAAUUGUAUUUUUUAUCAAUUCUGAUUAAUGUGAAGCUGUUUGAGGAAAAACACCAUGAAUGAACAAAAUCCCUUGUUGGACUCGUGGGUUUGCUCUCACAGAUGCCAGAUACGAGUUGUUUUUUUUUUGUCUGCUUUUUUUGUGUUUAUUUAUGCAAAGACACGUGAUGAAUGAACACUUUGUAAGCGUCAGCGCUGCCUUGGGGAGAGUGAGCCGAGAACAGCAGGCUCACUUUCAGUGCAUUGUGUGUUGUAUUUGAAAGUGUAUCGUGUCAACAUGUUGUAUUUAUUAGCCACUGCUGGCUCUAAAAUUGUUAGUAAACCAACAAAUGGACAAUCAGAGAAAAAUAUUUAAUAAAAACAACAAGGAAGAA